AUGGUGCUGUGGGAGAUAACACUUGGAACUGCGUAUUUCUUGGGGCUGAAACGAACUUACAAGCUCGCUCUCAGGAUUCAACGGAAAGUCGUAAGCCCUAAGUACCCUAAGAUCCGUCAAUUUCUUCACAGACGCACACGUGCUGUAUUUGAUGUAGCAAUCAAGGUUCACCGGAGCAUUCAAGAAAGAGACAUAGAAGUGGGUAGGAAUGUUGGGAACUUCAUUUUGCGAUGUCUAGAUCGAAUAAAGCCCUCAGCUCGAAUCCGCGGUCCUUCUCAUCCAUCCACUAAUGGUGGUAACUCGAAAGAAAGUACGACAAAGCAUACUGCCGGCACUUCCAUCCACAAGCUUCCUAGUAAUUCUGUGCCAUUCAAGAAGGACUCUGAUAGGCACUUGUUUACUGCAUUAACGCCAAAGCCUUUUCCUAGCAUUUCAAGGAUGAUGAUACCACCAAAUCCUGCUGGGACCUCCAUCCAUGGCAGGUACCUCAGCACCUAUACCUCUGAGGUCUUUAGACAAAAUUACAGAGUGAAUUGGUCAGGGAGUGUUAUCAGGAAGGACAUCAUGCAAUGGAUGCUGCAAAACUAA